AUGCCAGCAUCCGUGCAUUCGUCCAAGUCGGGUAAUUCUAUUAUGAAGAAUGAAAGCUCGGUUACCUCGAGUGCCGACGAGGUUCGUUUUUACACCAAAGAUGACCAGGACGAUUCUGCAGACGAGUACGAAGUCCCGCACACAGACACUGUUACAGUUGAGCCCCUGUCUCGCUUGGAGUCUAGGUACUCUGUAAAGACGAUUUAUGGCACAACGGACAAUGAGGUUAUCGAAAUGACUCGCAAGAAAACCCGGGAGACGAUCUGCGACAUCCUGGAGAAAACAAGCGCGGGCGAGCCUUAUAUCGACGACGACAGGAUCUCGACUGAUGCCGUGGACAAGGUCCCCAUGGACGGACGGGAAUUUGCUGAAAUCGAUCCUGAACUGGUUACUUGGGAUGGAGAAGAUGAUCCCAAAAAUCCGCGAAACUGGUCGAAGAAGGAGAAGGCAAAAGUCGCCGCUUUGGUCUCUUUAUUCACAAUGUGUGCUCCUCUGACGUCUUCUAUUUUAGCGCCGGCCGUACCUGACAUUCUUGAAACCUACAAUAAUCAUAAUGAGACCGUCGGUGCUCUGUACAUCUCCUGUAUGGUAUUCACCUGGGCAGUUAGUGCACUGGUCAUUGCACCCCUUUCAGAAGUCUUUGGUCGCCGUCUCAUUCUCUUAACCUCUAUUUUGUGGUGUACCAUUUGGAAUAUUGCAUGCGCAGUCGCCCCUACGUCUGCCACUAUGAUUGCAUUCAGGAUCAUUGGAGGAACCAUCAACUGUGCCCCCAUUGCUGUAGGUGCUGGUACACUUGCGGAUUUAUACGAUGAUGUUGAACGAACUUGGCCCUUGGCACUGUACGGUAUCGGGCCGUCUAUUGGCCCCGUUAUUGCCCCUAUCAUUGCCGGGUUCGUGGUUGAAUAUUUAAAUUGGCAUUGGACUUUUUGGAUCGUUUCUAUUAUUGUUGGUGUGACUUUUGUUGUUGGUGUGUUGUUCUAUCGCGAAUCUUAUCCCCCGUAUCUGUUGAGUCGCAAAGCAGCAAAACUGCGAAAAGAAACAGGAAACCCAAACUUGCAUACAAUUUGGGAGGUUAGCACUGAAUCAAUGUGGACGAAAAUUCGCAAUGCCGUGGUUAGGCCUGUGUUUUUCCUCUGCACUAAUUUCGUUGUCACCGGCCUUGGUCUCCACAUGGCCUUUGUCUACGGAUUCAUGUAUAUCAUGUUGGUUAGUUUCCCUAGGCUUUGGCAAACUUAUUACCACUUCUCAGUUGGUAUAACCGGUCUUGCCUAUAUUCCUUUAGGUCUGGGAAUGAUCACUGGAACACUACUUUGGACACCUCUGAUUCGUAACUUUUUCGUUUCCCGCAUGGAGAAAGGUAUUGGUCGCCCCGAGGAUAAGCUGUUUUAUCUACCAGUAUCGACUGUUAUUAUGAGUAUUGGGCUAUUCUGGUACGGAUGGAGUGCCGAAGCUAAAGUGCACUGGAUCAUGCCGAUGAUCGGCGUGUUUUUGUUUGGAAGUGGCAUCUUUGUUGUCUUCCAAGCUAUCCAAUCGUAUUUAGUAGAGCUCAAUCCUCGACUAGCAAGCUCUAUUCUGGCUGCGGUCGUUCUAGGUCGCGGUCUUUUAGGAGGUACUUUCCCUUUAUUCGGUCGGGCAAUGUACGACCGGCUCGGCUAUGGCUGGGCUAACACGCUAAUUGGUAUUCUUAUGCUCAUCUUGGGUAUGCCCUUCCCGAUUAUUAUUUACUUCCGUGGCCCACGAAUUCGUGCGUGGUGCGAUAAACGACUGCCUAUCAUUUAG